UGUCCGAGAAAUCAUUCUAUCAGACCGGUCAGUAUAGAAACACAAGAUGAAAUUUGUCAUUAUUUUCCUUCUCCUUGUCGUUGGCAUUGCUUAUGCUGAUGAAACAGCUCCAGAUUCGGAUGCCGAAGAUGACGAGGAUACCAUCACUUGCCAGGAUAAACUGGACGCCAUUGAAGCCGAGAUAGCGGAAGUAAUAGAACAGACUGGGUCUUACCCUAUAGGGUCUCUAAAACCUCAAUGUCUGGAGGACGGAUCAUAUGCUCCCCGUCAAUGUCUUGGAUCCAUAUGUAACUGUGUAGCAGCGAAUGGUACUAUACUAACCGACGAUUUCAGUAUUGGCCAAGCUUUCAACACAGAUUGCUCAUGUGCACGCAACAAACACGAGUAUUCGACAUCGGGGAUGGUCGGCAAAUCAUUUAAGUGUACCGUCAUCGGCAGUUACGCCCCUGUGCAGUGUACCGGAAGUGUUUGCUACUGUAGUGAUAACCAUGGUGAACAAUUAGGCCAGCAAACCGUCAACAUCGAUUUAAUUGAUACCCUGAAAUGUUAAAAUAAUAAAAUAUGUAGAACAAGUGGCUGGUUUUGCUCAA